AUGUCCAGACGCUGUAUACUAGAAAAGGAAAGAAAACUCGGAGCCAAAUUGGAGAGGUAUGAGAAGCCCAAGAAAGACACGGUGAAUAUGGAUAUAACGUACUAUACACCACAAUCUUUCGCCAGACUUUUGUAUUCGGUUGAAAAACUAGAAAAAUUCGAACUAAAACAGGAACUAAACUCAAUUGAAUAG